UACUUUUCUCCAGUAACACAUACCACUCUGAUCUCCUAGAAAUACAAUCUUAUACUUUCUUAAUAUAUUGCUCUUAUCUGGUGUACUCAUGUUGGGGAAGGAAUAGCAAAUGGUUCUUUUUCAGUUCGCUGUUUUUUGAUUAACGUUGAUUUCCUGCUUAUGUAGUGCCCACUAACAAAAAAAAAAAUUAAUCUCGGGUUCAUCUUAGUUAUUCAGCUAUUCAGUAACAGAAUGGACGACUCGGAACUUAAUGCCAUUCGCCAGGCCAGGCUUGCGGAGUUGCAGAAAUCCAAGCCGCCUGCCAACGACGUGAGUGAAAUGAAGGUGUCGAUGCUUUCUCAGGCCCUUGAAAACAGUGCCCGAGAACGGUUGAGCAGAGUUAGAAUCGUCCGACCAGAUCGGGCAGAAGCAGUGGAAAACUAUAUUGUCAAGUUGAUUUCAAUGGGGUCCAUUGCCAGGAAGUUGACCGAAGACGAUAUCGUCGAGAUCUUGCAGGGGCUAUCAAGAGACGAAAAGACUCAGUCCAAUAAAAUCGUCUUCAACAGAAGAGAUGAUAGUGACAGUGACUUUGAUUAAUACCAUAUACUUAUCUUCUUUAGUCUCGUAUAGUAAUACAUGCUAGUUUGUCCACUAUCAUGUUCGUAGUUAGUUCCAAGCGUUCUUAUUCUUCUACUCUUCUACUCUAUUACUCUACUCUUCUUCUCUACUCUUCUACUCUUCUUCUCUACUCUUCUACUCUUCUUCUUUACCUUCUACUCUACUCUUC